CUCAUCUCGCAUUAUCCUUUGCGGGUCAAGAUGGCGAGUGACCGCGUUCUCAGCAUACAAUCACAUGUCGCCUUUGGCUACGUCGGCGGCAAGGCUGCGGUGUUUCCCCUGCAAUGUCUGGGCUACGACGUCGAUGUGGUGAACACCGUCAACUUUUCUAACCACUCAGGCUACGGACGCUUCGGUGGGUCCCGAACGAAUGCUGCGGAACUGAAGACGAUUUUCGAUAUCAUGUCCCAGAACGGACUUCUCCGACCUUCGCGACUGCUGACCGGAUAUAUACCCGGAGGCGAAGCCGUGUCCGCCGUCGCUGAGCUAGCUGAGAGGUUGCGCAAGGAGAACCCAGACCUGAUAUACCUUUUGGAUCCUGUCCUAGGAGAUGCUGGCAAGCUCUACGUCGCGCCAGAUGUCAUCCCCAUCUACCGCUCCAUGCUCCCCUUGUCCACUAUCAUCACCCCCAACUGGUUCGAAGUGGAGACGCUGACGGAGGUGGAGAUCAAAGACCCCGCUUCCCUAAAAGAAGCCUUCCGCGUCCUUCACGAAACCUACGGAGUCCCUCACGCCGUCAUGAGCUCCAUCCCGCUCAAAGGCUGGCUCCUGGACAUACUAUCUCCCGCCGUCCGUCCUCCAGACCACCUCGACGACGAAUACCUCCUCUGCAUUUCUUCCUCCGCCCAGCCCACCAACUCCAACUCCGCCCACCCAUCGGUCGUGCACGCGCACUGCGUCCCGCUGAUCCCCGGCUACUUCUCCGGCGUCGGCGACCUCUUCUCCGCCCUCGUGCUCGCGCACUUCACCUCUCCAACUUCCGCCUCCACCGCCUCACCCGCCACGACACCGCUCUCGCGCGCCGUCGCGCUCGCGCUCGCCAAGACCCACGCCGUCCUCUCGCGCACGCAGGACCACUUUCUCUCCCUCCCCGAAGACGAACGGAUCAUGACCGACGACGAGAAGGACCAGGCCGACCCCAACCGCCGCGUGACCAGGAUGCGCGGGCGGGAGCUCAGGCUCGUGCAGAGCCAGGACAUCAUACGUGGUGACCUUCGACUGAAGGACGGGUUCAUGGGACUUUGGGGCGGUUUUUGGGACCUCUGUUAG